AUGUCUUAUUAAUUUAAGAAUUCUAAAUGGCAAGCUAGAAAAAAAGAGUUAAAAUCAAGACGCCAAUCAUAAUCAAGAAAAUUUAAUAAUGCUUAAAUUUAAAUUAUUAAUUCAGCAUUUAAUUGUAAAAAUAAUUAUAUUUCAGAUCUCUCAAUUGAAGCGCCACCAUCACUUAAACCAGCUAAGAAAUAUUGUGAUAUAACGGGAUUUGAAGUAAUUAUAAUUAGAUGUUUUAGGCAAAAUAUAAAGAUCCAAUCACUCAAUUAUCAUAUUGCGAUUCAAUAGUUUUCAAUUAUAUAAGAAAUUGUCCUAAGGCAAGUGCAGAGACUUAUUUAAAUAUUAGAGUGUUUACUUAAAAAUUAAUUUCUUGA